GUCUACAUUUAAAUUAUGCUUUUUGUUUCUUCUUUAAAGAAUAAAGGUUCACUUCAGUUUGAAGACAAAUGGGAUUUCAUGCGCCCAAUUGUUCUGAAGCUGUUACGCCAGGAAUCUGUCACAAAACAGCAGUGGUUUGAUCUGUUUUCGGAUGUGCAUGCAGUUUGCUUGUGGGAUGACAAAGGUCCAGCAAAAAUCCAUCAAGCUUUGAAAGAGGACAUCCUUGAUUUCAUUAAACAAGCACAGGCAAGAGUACUGAGUCAUCAAGAUGAUACAGCAUUACUAAAAGCAUACAUAGUAGAAUGGCGGAAAUUCUUUACACAGUGUGAUAUUUUGCCCAAACCAUUUUGUCAACUAGAAAUAACUUUAAUGGGUAAGCAGGGCAGCAAUAAAAAAUCCAAUGUAGAAGACAGUAUUGUUCGAAAGCUCAUGCUAGACACUUGGAAUGAGUCCAUAUUUUCAAAUAUAAAGAAUAGACUUCAAGACAGUGCAAUGAAGCUGGUCCAUGCUGAAAGACUAGGAGAAGCUUUUGACUCUCAACUUGUUAUUGGCGUUAGAGAAUCAUAUGUUAACCUUUGUUCUAAUCCUGAAGAUAAACUUCAGAUUUAUCGGGAUAACUUUGAGAAGGCCUAUUUGGAUUCAACAGAAAGAUUUUAUAGAACACAAGCUCCUUCUUAUUUACAACAGAAUGGAGUACAGAAUUAUAUGAAAUAUGCAGAUGCUAAAUUAAAGGAAGAAGAGAAAAGAGCAUUAAGGUAUCUAGAGACCAGGCGGGAAUGUAACUCUGUAGAAGCGCUUAUGGAGUGCUGUGUGAAUGCCUUGGUGACAUCAUUUAAAGAAACCAUUUUAGCUGAAUGCCAAGGGAUGAUAAAACGAAAUGAAACAGAAAAAUUGCAUCUAAUGUUUUCACUGAUGGAUAAAGUUCCUAAUGGUAUAGAGCCCAUGUUAAAAGACUUGGAAGAGCAUAUUGUUAGUGCUGGAUUAGCAGAUAUGGUAGCAGCUGCUGAAACUAUUACUACUGAUUCUGAGAAAUAUGUAGAGCAAUUGCUUACAUUAUUUAAUCGAUUUAGUAAGCUGGUUAAAGAAGCUUUUCAAGAUGACCCGAGAUUUCUUACUGCAAGAGAUAAGGCAUAUAAGGCAGUUGUGAAUGAUGCUACAAUAUUUAAACUUGAAUUGCCAUUGAAGCAGAAAGGGGUUGGAUUGAAAACACAGCCUGAGUCUAAAUGCCCUGAACUACUUGCGAAUUACUGUGACAUGCUGUUAAGAAAAACACCACUAAGCAAAAAACUAACUUCUGAAGAAAUUGAAGCAAAGCUUAAAGAAGUGCUAUUGGUACUUAAAUAUGUACAGAAUAAGGAUGUGUUCAUGCGAUACCAUAAGGCUCAUUUAACAAGACGUCUGAUACUAGAUAUAUCAGCUGAUAGUGAAAUUGAAGAGAAUAUGGUGGAAUGGCUGAGAGAAGUAGGUAUGCCAGCAGAUUAUGUAAACAAGUUGGCUAGGAUGUUCCAAGAUAUCAAAGUAUCUGAAGACUUGAACCAGGCCUUCAAAGAAAUGCAUAAAAAUAAUAAACUGGCUCUACCAGCUGACUCUGUGAAUAUUAAAAUUUUAAAUGCUGGUGCCUGGUCUCGAAGUUCUGAGAAAGUAUUUGUAUCGCUACCCACGGAACUAGAAGACCUCAUCCCAGAGGUAGAAGAGUUCUACAAAAAGAAUCACAGUGGCAGAAAACUGCACUGGCAUCAUCUCAUGUCUAAUGGAAUUAUAACAUUUAAGAAUGAGGUUGGCCAGUAUGACUUAGAGGUAACAACAUUUCAGCUGGCUGUGCUCUUUGCAUGGAACCAAAGACCUCGAGAGAAAAUCAGCUUUGAAAACCUUAAACUGGCAACUGAGCUCCCAGAUGCGGAACUUAGGAGGACUUUAUGGNNNNUUGUAGCAUUUCCAAAGCUGAAACGUCAGGUUUUAUUGUAUGAACCUCAAGUCAAUUCGCCCAAAGACUUUACAGAAGGAACCCUCUUCUCAGUGAACCAGGAGUUCAGUUUAAUAAAAAAUGCUAAAGUUCAGAAAAGGGGUAAGAUCAAUUUGAUUGGCCGGUUGCAACUCACUACAGAGAGAAUGCGAGAAGAGGAGAAUGAAGGAAUAGUCCAGCUAAGAAUAUUACGAACCCAGGAGGCUAUUAUCCAAAUAAUGAAAAUGCGGAAGAAAAUUACAAAUGCUCAGCUUCAGACUGAACUGGUAGAAAUAUUGAAAAACAUGUUCUUGCCACAAAAGAAAAUGAUAAAAGAGCAAAUUGAAUGGCUUAUAGAGCACAAAUAUAUCAGAAGAGAUGAAUCGGAUAUCAACACCUUCAUAUACAUGGCAUAAUUUGAAGACUCUAAGGGCCGAGAACACAAAUUGAAAGGUGCUUGGGCAGACAGCUGUAACAGUGUUUGUGCUGGAGAAGGACUCACUUUGAUUUUCAAUACAUAUUAAAAUCCCUGCCUUAUCUUACAAGAGGACUAUAUUUUGCCAAUCUCAUUCAGCUAGCAUGAUGGCAUUCCCUUCAUGUUGCACACUUUUAACAGCAUGCUGUUUUGUGGGAAACUUGCAUUCAUGAAGAGCCCGUUUGUGAGCUUUUUAAAGUAGAUUUGAUUUACACCCACCAAGAAGAAUACAGGCUUGGGUUUUUAGAUGAACAGUACUUGCACACACAAAAAGACUUUCAAAUACUCAUGCACUGAGGAACUGCUGUUGUUUGUUUUGGUUGGUUUUUUUAAUGCAAUUAGGACUAGAAGUAGCACUUUCACUUUGUUUUGGAUAAGCAGAGUAAAUGUACUGUCCACCUUUGGUGAUUCUUUUUAUGUAUAACAUUUGAGAGACACACAGAUGCAUCACAACAGAUAUGAAUUUGUUACAACAACAACCUGUUGGCUCAAGCAGUGCUUCAAUAUAGUAACUGGAUUUUAAUAUUGACAUACAAGUGACAUAAAAUAUUUCCAAUUUGUGUAUGUUGUUUUUCCUUAAGCAGGAGAUCAUUGUUUUAUAUUGUUUACUGUAAACAUAUGGGUAUACAUUGCUUAUCUUAUUUGGGCAGAUUGGUUUAUUACUGUCCUUUAGAAAAGGUGAAGCUUUCUUCCCCAUAACUACUUCAUGGUUGGGUCUGUUAUAGUGAACAUAAAUAUUAAGUGUAUUUUCUUGUACACUUAAUAUUUGAAUUACUUUUAAUGCCUUCAGAGUUAUAUAGUAACUGAUCCAUAAGUCUUCUAUGAGAAAAUAACCCUUUGCAAUUUCUGUACAUUAGCAUCAUAUCCAGAUAUUCCAGUGGCUUUGUUUUAGAAUUUACUCUUUAUUUGCAUAAAAGUCAAUUUCCUUAAAAAAUAAAUAAAGCAGCAGCUGCCGAUUGGUUUGAAGUUAACAGGAAAUAAAGAACAUAGCUAAAGGAGACCUGCAAAUAUUUAAGGAAGAAACUCCCAGUUUUAACGUGUGAAGAGAAAUUGUCAAAAUUCCUUAGGUGUAUUUGGCCAAUUUUUAAAGGUCAAAUUUUUCCGCAGCCAUGUUAAGUAGCCUCUGACUCCUGGCAGUGCUCAAAUGUUCCAACUGAUGACACAGUACCGCUGGAGAAGAGUCUGUUGGGGCUUGCAGAGGGAGGUAAGUUAGCUUUUACUUAGCAUCCAAAAAUAAGAGUAUUCAUAUGACACUAUCAGGCAGCCUUGCAAAAGU